UAGGAUGCCAACUAUCUCCAACAGGCUUUCACAAUGGAAAGUUAGCACCUUUCCUUAAUAGGAGCAUACGGCCUUUGUCUGCACAAUCAUCACCAUGCGUUGCAAACAACACAACUAAGAAACCAACUAGGCUUGUGUUCUUUGCUACGUUGAUGGCAAACAAGGUGGUUCCUCAUGAAGCUCACCCUUAUGCCUUUCAUGUCUCUGGCCCUCGCAACUUGACUACCCUCAAUUGGAGAGACCUUAUCAGUUCCAGUUGGAAGGAUGCAAAUUAUAAACGAACUGUCAUUGCCUGCUUUAUACAGGCAGCUUACUUGCUUGAACUUGAUAGACAGGAGAACAGAACACAAGAAAAUGCUCUAGCACCAAAAUGGUGGAUUCCCUUCAAGUUCAAGCUCACACAAACAUUGAUUGAUGAAAGGGAUGGAUCCAUUUUUGGUGCAAUUCUUGAAUGGGAUCGAUCUGCAGCAAUGGCUGACUUAGUACUGAUUAGACCAAGUGGUGCCCCUAGAGCCGUUUUAGCCCUCAGAGGAACAUUACUCAAAAGCCCUUCAAUGAGAAGAGAUAUUGAAGAUGACCUCCGUUUUCUUGCUUGGGAAAGCUUGAAGGGUUCUGUUAGGUUCAAAGUAGUUUUGGAGGUACUAAAAUCAAUUUGUGAUACAUAUGGAAGCAGUAAUGUAUGCAUUGCUGGUCACUCCUUGGGGGCUGGUUUUGCUCUUCAGGUUGGAAAGGUACUAGCAAAAGAAGGGAUUUAUGUGGAGGCACAUUUGUUUAAUCCACCUUCUGUUUCACUAGCCAUGAGUCUAAGAAAUAUUGGAGAAAAGGCAGAGGUUAUGUGGAAUAGACUUAAAUCUAUGCUUCCUUCAAAUAGCAAAACUCAAGUCAGCAAUGAAGGAGACAAGACUUCUGGUGUUGGAAUUAAGGAUGCUAGUUUUGCGGUGGCAAAAUGGGUUCCUUAUUUGUAUGUUAACAGCAGUGACUACAUAUGUUGUUAUUAUACUGAUGGUGAUGGCACAGCAAAGAUUGUUAACAAGGAGAAUAUGGGUCAUACAAAGGGACAAAUUGCAGCAAAGUUGUUUGUUGUCUCCAAGGAAAAACAGAAAUUUCUUGAGGCUCAUGGCCUUGAGCAAUGGUGGUCAAGUGAUGCAGAACUUCAGCAGGUUAUCCAUAAUAGCAAACUCAUAAGCAGGCAGCUUAGAUCUUUAUACACUGGUAAUCCUUCCCAAGCAACAUAGAGUAACAAUAUAUUGAAUUUACUCUGCUACAUUGGGAAAUCACUCGUUUUCAAUGUUAAAUAAAUCAACCUGUUUUUGCUUGUAUUCAAGCCUUGCAACUUCUUGUUUCCUUACUUUUUUUUUUCUGUUUGCCUUUGAAAUAAAUUGUAUCAUUUUACCGUUA